UUGACGGGUCAGACCAGUCGUGCUCAGAAGCUUUCCCGGAGCCAAAGCUCUUCUGCACAGAGGACAGAGCAGGCAGCAGAGACCAUGGAGCCCCCCUCAGCCCCUCCCCGCAGAGGGCGCGUCCCCUGGCAGGGGCUCCUGCUCACAGUCUCACUUUUAACCUUCUGGAUCACGCCUGCCACUGCCCAAAUCACUAUGGAAUCUGUGCCUCCCAAUGUUGUGGAGGGGAAGGACGUUCUUCUACUCGUCCACAAUGUGCCACAGGACGCUAUAGGCUACAACUGGUACAAAGGGGACAAGGUGGACAGGAACUAUAGAAUUGUAUCAUAUAGAACAGACACUCAGGUAAACAACACAGGGCCUGCGUACAGUGGUCGAGAGACAAUUUACCCCAAUGGAUCCCUGCUGUUCCAGAACGUCACCGUGAAGGACACAGGACACUACACUCUACACCUUAUAAUGGCAGAUCUUCAGAAUGAAGAAGUAACUGGACAGUUCCGCGUGUACCGUGAGUGA